GAAAUAAAUAAUUUCUGCUUGAAUGUGGAUUUGCUGCUCAGUUAUUUUGAUACCAGGCUGCAGUUUAAGCUACAAUUAAAAUGCAAUGCAGAGUGUUUUCUGUUUUGGAGCAAGUGGUGAGCAAUUUCUGGGGCCAAUAAUCUGCAGUGGGAGACAGGCCUAAAACUAUUUCAAGCAUUGACUGUGUGCAUGGAGAGAACUUGGUAUGCAGAAAUCUACUACACACACAUUCUCUUCCAGCAGCCACAGUGAGCCUGCAGGAGUGUCUCCGGUCUUGUUAUUUCUGGCGUCGAUAGUACAGCAAAGGUCUGUUCUGCAAUGAAAUGAUAGACAAGAAAAUGAUUAACCUAACUGCCAACACAGAUGCGAGUGAGACUAUGAGACAUGUUAGUGUGUCCGUGACAGGAGGUGAAGGUCUGGAUGGAGAGAGCGAGGCUUAAACAAAGAGAGCCCACCAUCUGUCAGACACACAAAAAGUGACAGUGCGUAGUCCGACUGUGGGAACUGUCCUGCACUGACGGGGUUUGAAAUUCUGAUAGUCAAAGAGUUGUUUAGACCUGGGAGUGAACUCUCAACCAAAAGCACUACUACACGUUUUGGUCCCGCAGUGCAACACAACAGCAACUCUUUUGUUACAUCUGUAACAUGUCAAGGUCUGAAGAACAAGUGCUUACUUUAUGACACUGCACACAAGCAGUCAGCUUUUCAUUUUUCUUUUUCUUUUUAACGUGAGGAGAAGCAGAAGCAUCAGGAUCUACAGUGCCUUCAUCGUCCUCAUCCUCAUUAACCUUCAGUUCAUAAUCCUGUCCUGGAUUGAUCAUCUGUCAGCUCAACCUCAGUCGUUGCCAUGGCAUCUGCAGCUCUGGAGUUAAUGGGUUUCUUCCUGGGCCUGCUGGCGAUGCUGGGUACCCUGGUUGCCACUGUACUACCUUUCUGGCAGACAUCCGCCCAUGUUGGCUCCAAUAUCGUCACAGCCGUAGCCAACAUGAGGGGCCUGUGGAUGGAGUGUGUGUACCAGAGCACCGGGGCCUUCCAGUGUGAGACCUACAACUCCAUGCUGGCACUCCCUGCUGACAUGCAGGCCUCUCGUGCUUUCAUGGUCAUCUCCCUAGUACUCUCAGUCUUCGCCAUUGCCAUGGCAGCCAUAGGGAUGCAGUGCACUGUCUGCUUGGAGGGAUCGAGUGCAGCUAAGAGUCGUGUAGCAGGUGUCAGUGGUGGCCUUUUCCUUAUGGCUGGAUUCUUGGCACUUAUACCAAUGGCGUGGACCACGCAUGAAGUCGUGCAGAACUUCUACCGACCCACUGUACCUGCCAGCAUGAAGUAUGAGCUGGGGGAGUGUCUGUAUGUUGGCUUGACCUCUGCGCUCAUCUCCAUGCUGGGAGGGGGGAUGCUGUGCAUGUCAUGCUGUGAGGCGCAGGAUGGCGGUCGUGGAAUGAGAAGGCAUGGGGGUGGAUAUCCCUAUCCUGUAGUAACCGGUGUCCCAGCUCGUGGGUACGGGGUACACUCCACCUCACAGACCUACCGCAACCCCACCAUGCAGAUGGGCGGGACUAAAUCGGCCAGUAGGGCACACACGCUGGUUCGUAGUGAAAGUAACAGCCCGCAAUCAAGUAUGCAUGGAGUCCAAGGAUCCAACAAGCCCACUGCAGCAGGAUAUGACAUCACAGGAUACGUCUGAAGAUACAGGCACUUCCCCCUAUGCCUUUGUAAGAUCACGGU